GUGAAGUGAUUGCAGCGUGAUAAACUGAAAGGAAAAACAUUGAUCUCCUCAGUAGAGUUGUAGGUGAAGCUCAUUCGAUGAGCUCAAAGGUUUCAUUGCUUUCUCGCUGUUUGUCUGGUUGUGUUACGGACUGAGAGUAAAAUGGCUACAGUUUUACCACGUAUAGAGCAACUGUCGUCCAGAGUUGUUCGCAUCCUUGGCUGUAAUCCUGGACCCAUGACACUUCAGGGUACGAAUACGUACUUGGUCGGAACGGGGAAAAGACGGGUCCUGAUAGACACCGGAGAGCCUUCAAUCCCUGAGUAUAUCAGCUGUUUAAAACGAGCCUUGAGCCAAUUCAACACCGCGAUUCAAGAGAUCAUCGUAACGCAUUGGCAUCACGAUCAUACGGGAGGGGUGUCAGACGUUUGUCGGGAUGUCUCCGCAGAUUGUGAGCUUCGGGUUAGCAAACUUCCUCGAACUCCGCCCAUUGAAGAAUUAACAACGGAUGGGAAAAAGUACUGUUACCUGAAGGACGGGGAUGUCAUAGCAACAGAGGGUGCGACGCUGAAGGUCCUCUUCACACCCGGCCACACGGAUGACCACAUGGCUCUGGUGCUGGAGGAGGAACAGGCAGUGUUCUCGGGAGACUGCAUUCUGGGGGAAGGGACGGCAGUUUUCGAGGACCUGUACGAUUACAUGAAAUCUCUGCAGAUAAUCCUGGACUCCAGGGCAGUCUUGAUAUACCCAGGGCACGGGCCUGUGGUGCAGGAUGCAGGCAGUAAAAUCCAGGAGUACAUCACCCACAGGAACCUCCGAGAGCAGCAGAUUCUGAGCGUUCUCCAGAGCAGUGCUGGGAAGGAAUUCACCUCCUCAGAGCUCGUAAAAGUGGUGUACAAGGACACACCCGAAUAUCUUCACAGAGCAGCUGAAGUGAAUCUUGUGCAUCACCUGAAGAAACUGGAAAAAGAGGGUGAAAUAAGAUGUGAAAAUGAAUCACAUCAAUGCAGCAGAUGGACGAGCAAACUCUGAGAACAUAACAGGAUUUUUCCAGCUUCUAUGUGCCUGGGUUUCUGUAAAUUACACUUCAUUAAAACUGGGAUUUUCUUUUCUGUAGUUUAUAGAAAUGUAAUUAUACACACUGCAAAUCUGAAAGGACAAGUAAUUCUGCACACUGAAAUACUAGGACCUAUACACUAGUUCCAAAAAUGUGUCUGAUGUAUUACGUCAGUGCCCAAGUUAAAGGUGCAGGUGAACAAGCAAUGAAAUGCAAAAGGUAUAUAGUUAUUUUUCACCAGCACCGUUAUGCUGGACUCAUAAUAAAUUAGAUUUUGGAACUAGUGUGUUGGUCCUAGUAUUUCAGUGUGCAGGGUUACUUAUUAAAUAGUACUUAAUUACUAUUUUUAUACUACAACUUGAUUUUUGCACAUACACAAAAUUGACUUUCAUCUGAGCGCAUUCAUCUGCUGUUCUGUUCUGACAUUCAAUUCAAUUGAAUAUUAUUUGUACAGCGCUUUUUACAGAAGACUGUCAUGAAGAUGCUUUUCUGAGUAGCAAAAGGGCAAAUGCUAAAAACAUCCUAGAUACUCAAAUAACUAUCUCUGCCUAAAAUGUGACAUUUAUCAAUACAAUGUUUUCCCUUUACAGUAGAUGGCAGCAAAAUACAAUUUUUGCUCAUGCAGUAAAAAUAAGAGAUGUGUUUGAAACUGACAUGCAUUCAGUUUUAAGGAAAAACAUAACUAGGAAUUAUUACUCUCAAGCUUUCUGUGACAGUGUAUAUGCUGUCACAGAAAAUGCUCCUGCUUUCUGAUGAGGGGCAAUAUGUUCAGAGCAAUUAAUGUAGUAAGGAUUUGAUAUAGUUCUUGAAUACAACAGGAGUGAGCGAAAUGAACCUGCUAGCCAUGAUGCAAACACUUCCUGUAGGAGUCACAGAUCAGUCUCCCAGUUUAUAGGAGCCAUGAUGUAGACGGCUACUAAAAUGAUCAGUAUCUUCUAUUGUUAAACUCAGAAUGAGAUUGAGAUCACUGCCUGUCAUUCACAGGGUAAACCAUGUACAUGUUUCAGUACACUAAAGUUGUUUUUUGUCAAAAAUGUGUGUGAGUGUAUGAAUUUAUCAUGACUAUGGCAUUAAGUUAUUCAAAGAGCAGAAAAUCAUAGUUGAAUCUGGGAAAAUUACUUGCUUUUUCCAUAAAGUCAUACAGUUUUAUGAA